GUGACCUGUACAGAGUUCAUGGGAGAAAACACAGAUGCCCCCGGCAGAGCAGUUUUGAGAUACAUGAGGACAAUGAGGAUAUAGCCUCACAAAGCACCUGUAAAACACAUGUCCUUGUCCUGGUCCUUCAUGGUGGUAGUAUUCUAGAUACAGGAGGAGGCGACAUCAGCAGCAAGGUGGCUGACGUCAACACCUUCAGCUCUGUAUUUGAGAAAGUAACCAAAGCCCAUUUCCCAGCAGCACUUGGACACAUCUUGAUGAAGCUGGUUCCUUGCCCUUCAAUAUGCUCUGAAGCCUUCUCGCUGGUUUACAACCUUAACCCUUACAGCUAUGAUGAGAACUGCCUAAACAUUAGUGAAGAUCACAUUCCAUUAGCUGCCUUGCCACUGCUGGCCAUCUCCUCUCCUCAAUACCAGGAUUCUGUUGCUAUGGUGAUCAGUCGAGCAAACCAAGUUUACGAUGAAUUCCUGAAGUCUCCAGAUGGGUCUGGAUUUAAUGGACAGAUAUGUCUGAUUGGAGACUGUGUUGGAGGAAUUUUGGGUUUUGAUGCUUUGUGCCACAGUGCAAAGACACCGGGGGAGAGUCAAAACACAAGCAGGAGAGGAAGUGCUAGCAGCAUCCAGGAUAAUCCUAUUCUCUCCGAUGAAGGCAAUGCUAACCUGCGAGGAACUAAGCGGCUCAGCAAAAGCAAUAUUGACAUCUCAGGAGUUUUGGACAAUGGGGAACCAAGGCCACCUUUACUAAGGAAACAGAGUGAUUCAUCCACUUAUGACUGUGAUACAAUAACGCAACACCAUGCUUUCCUGUCUAGUAUUCAUUCAAGUAUUCUGAAGGAUGACAUAGACUUUCCACGAACUGGGAGCUCCAACCUUUGUGAUGUCAUAAUGGGACGUUUUGACUUCGAGGUGUCAGACUUCUUCCUGUUUGGUUCCCCAUUGGGACUGGUAUUGGCUAUGAGAAGGACAGUGCUGCCUGGCAUUGAUGUGUGUCGGGCUCGUCCUUCUUGCUGUCAGGUGUACAGUUUUUUCCAUUCUGCUGACCCUUCUGCCUCUAGAUUGGAACCCUUGCUGGAAAAGACAUUCCACCUCGUGCCACCUUUUAAUGUUCCGAGAUAUCAAAAGGAUCCUCUAGGAGAUGGCAAAUCAUAUCUCUUAGCUGGCGGAGGGGAUCCGGAGGAACGGCUGUCAGUAGAGCGGCUCGGGGAGCAGUCUCCAUCAGCGGAAGCUGGAGACUCAGCCAGGGACAGAUAUGCAGGACGAAAGCGGGAGUCCGAGGCGGUCAUGUGGUCCGGCAGCUUGGAUGGCAUUCAAGCAUGUAGCGCAGCUUUUGUUGAAAAAUCUACAACCAGCAAUUCACCUACUACAGAGCCUCCAGCAUCGUCCAAUUUAUCCACACCCACCCGGGCAAAAGGUAGAAGAUCCAGCCUGGUGAGCAUGAACAGCGAGCUGUCAAGUUCUUCAGAAAGCCUGCCAUCUGCAAAGCUUGCUAAUAUUACAGCUAACUGGUGGGGAACAAAGCGUAUUGACUAUGCUUUAUAUUGUCCUGACGUGCUCACGGCAUUCCCAACUGUGGCAUUGCCACAUCUUUUCCAUGCCAGCUAUUGGGAGUCGACUGAUGUGGUGGCCUUUAUUUUGAGACAGCUGAUGAGGUAUGAGAGCGUGCAGAUACAGCAGAAGGAGGGCAUUGAUAAUAUGAAUAUGAGUCCUUCCAGUCGGCAAGAGAAGUGGCUUCGAAAGAGGAAUCAUGUCAAACUGCGUAAUGUCACAGCCAAUCAUCGAGUUAAUGAUGUGAUUGCGGUGGAGGGUGGCCUACAGGUCCUGGUUGGUCGAUUCAUGUAUGGCCCUCUGGACAUGGUAGCCUUGACAGGAGAAAAGGUAGACAUGCUCAUCAUGACUGAGCCAUCCAGUGGAAGAUGGGUUUACUUUGAUACUGAAAUAUCUAACAGCAGUGGACGAGUCUCAUACAGUGUGCCAGAAGAUAAGAGACUGGGUGUAGGAGUGUACCCCAUCAAGAUGGUUGUAAGGGGUGAUCAGAGCAGUGCACAGAGCUACCUGACAGUGCUCCCCCCAGGAAUGGAGUGUGUAGUUUUUAGCAUUGAUGGAUCAUUUGCAGCCAGUGUUUCCAUUAUGGGUAGUGAUCCGAAAGUAAGAGCUGGAGCAGUGGAUGUGGUCAGGCAUUGGCAAGAUCUUGGUUAUCUAAUCAUUUACAUCACUGGUCGCCCAGACAUGCAGAAGCAAAGGGUGGUUUCCUGGUUAUCCCAGCACAAUUUCCCCCAAGGGAUGAUCUUCUUUUCUGAUGGGCUUGUACAUGACCCAUUGCGCCAGAAAACAAUAUUUCUCAGAAAUCUCAUGCAAGAGUGUCAUAUCAAAAUUAGUGCAGCCUAUGGAUCAAUGAAAGACAUUUCUGUAUACAAUGUGCUUGGACUGUCAUCUUCUCAAAUCUAUAUAGUUGGACGUGCAGCUAAGAAGUAUCACAAUCAGUGUCAGUUUGUAAGUGAAGGAUAUGCGGCUCACUUGGCUUCACUGGAAUUUAGCCAUCACUCCCGAGCUAAGAAGAACAAUGCCCGAAUGAUCCUGAGGAAGAGCAGUUUUGGCUUACACACUCAACCUGAAUUCCUGAGGAAACGAAACCACCUCCGGAGAACUAUGUCUGUUCAGCAGCCAGAACCACCUUCCAGCAACCCCAAACCAGAAAGAGCACAGAGCCAGCCAGAGUCUGACAAAGACCAUGAGAGGCAUUUAAAUCCACUUUCUUGGGUGAGAAGUGCAGGCCACAAGUUUGAGCCCUCACCAUAGUGGAGUCAGAGCACAGUGGACAUAGGUCUUGAAGAAAAACAAGCAAGCUGUGCAAAUUGGAAACAGCAAUAUUAUGGAUCUGUGGUGGUGGCUUCCUAUAAGAUCCUUCCCUCAACCCGACUACAUGACAGUAGACAGAGACUAGGGUGUAUCACGUAUUUGCUGGAUAGAGAUGUAUUGUGGACGUGGCACAUUUUUUUGCAUUCCAUACACCCUCUUACCUAUAUCACUAUGUUUUAUUUAAAUGUGGCAACAAUGCUAUACAGGUGACAUUGCAUUCAGCGUGUGAAAAGAAGACUAUAAAAUGGUAUUUG